AUGGAAUAGUGUAAUGUCUUUCAGUAAUGUCAUGUGUAAGGCCGUUGAGUUUUAUGUAAAACUGUGAGCGAAGUAGUUUUGAAGAUGCUGGUUGGCUUGUGUACUUUCCGGCUAUUGUUGCUGCGAUCCAUUUUCUGCAUUAGUGUUUCGAUAUAAAUUGAAGGUUCAAUCUGAAAUGUAUAGACCUCGUGGUGUUCUUGCCAAAACAUUAUACAGCAAAUGUCUUGCUGACGAAAAGUUAGAGAUGUUUGAGAAGGACAAGUGGUAUUUUUGUGAUUUGACUGGAUUACAUGGAGAUAUUGCUUUGCUUUUCCUGCCUUUAAAUAUGGAUGAGGAAACCCAUGUUUUCCUUAACAAAGCAAUCACCAAAUCAGAAUGGGUCUUAACCCAAAUUUGGCACAGCGUCGCACGAGUACUCUUGAGUUGGUUCUUGUCACAAACAUCCAUUAACGGGUUGUUGGGACGUGGAUCAAUGUUUGUCUUUUCAAGAGGACAGUUUCUUCGUCUUUUAGCAACAAACUCUGAUUGGCGAAGAGAAUCAUUAUUAGAUCUUGGAGCUGGUGAUGGCGCUACUACAGAAAUUAUUGCCCCAUUAUUCAAGAGAGUAUUUACAACGGAAGUAUCUCCUCCAAUGCGCUGGACUCUACAAAGAAAAGGAUUUUCGAUUUUACAUGCUGAAGAAUGGAAGAAAUCUGAAAUGCAGUACGAUGUUAUUACAUGUCUGAACCUCCUGGACCGCUGUGAUCAUCCGUGGUCUCUUCUGCGCUCUCUUCGGGCGGCCCUUGCUCCGAAUGGGAGGCUGGUUGUGGCACUGGUCCUUCCCUUCCAACCAUACGUGGAGAUUGGUCGAGUCGAUCAUCAGCCUUCUGAAAGACUUCCUAUUCAAGGCAGCACUUUUGAAGAACAAGCUCAAAGUGCAAUAGAAGAUGUGUUCGUACCCGCUGGAUUCAUUGUAUUAUGCUGGACACGUUUGCCAUAUUUAUGUGAAGGUGACCUAAACCAAGCGUACUACUGGUUGGAUGAUGCUGUAUUUGUUCUCCAAGUAUAGAUAGCAGUGAUCGGGAAAACAUAUUGAUUUAUACGGACUCUGUGACUGCUUACAAAUAAGCUGUAAAUGUAAUAAACUGGUAGUUCGCCAGUAAGGAAAAGACGAAAACGACUACUAUCAAUUUUUGUAAAACCAAAGCUUUUUGUGAAAUAAGAAUGUAAGGAAUGUACCAAAACGAAUUAAACCAGCUGCAUGUGGAAUGUUUGGGAACAAGAAAAAGUAAUAUUUAUGUGUUUUCUUUUACCACCCCUUGUUGCCUCCCUAUUUAUAAAAGCGUUUUGAAUUUCUUAAAAAGAGAAAGUUAUGUAAUGCUGCUAAUUUUGCAGAAAAACUC